CUCUCUCGUAAUCUAUAUACAUUUUACCUAAAAACACAGUAAUGAGGUCUCCAAUUACCCUGCUAGUCAAUUAUCGCUGUAACCACCUUCCGGCGAUUACCUGCGAUGCUUAAUUAACAGGUAUGCAAGAGAUAAAUUAGAAUCCACGUGAUACUUUAAGAUAAACCAAAAAAGAUCAAAUAUAACUUUAACUGAAUAUAUAAUUACUUCAAUGAUUCAAUUAUACUUUUCUAACAUAUUUUACUAUCCAGCAACUUUUUUCUGCAAUGUUGCCGCUUAUACCCUCAGGUCAUUGUCACAAUAUCACACAACAGGAGUUUUUGGCAACGUUGUUAACUCGCUCAGGUAACAGGUAAAUAUAUAGAGGUAGUUUAUUUAUUGAAGUUUGGGUCUAUCGUGUUAACCUUUACUAUCGUUGGAUCAAUACUAUCUAUAAUAAAAGCCAACCCGUAUUUGUGAUGGAUGCUAACACUAACACAGCGACGACUUGCACCAGUGUCAGUAUGCAUUAUUAAGAUCGGAGAGGUUACUACCCGUCUCGCCUCGUGUUGCAUAUUUAUACUGAAAACUCGAUGUGCCUCAUAAACUGUCUGCUGAGGCCACGCUGCAACCAUAUUGGAACACCAUCUUCGUAUUUUACCCAUGACAUUUAUUUUCUCUUUACUUUACGGGCAAGCAUAGGUGAUGAACUCACGAAAUGCCUAGUUCAUGAUGUCAGGUUCAAGAGAGGUACACAAUUUACUAAUACACAACAAGAAAGGAGUACCAGCAUGGCGGAUAAAGAGCCUCAAUCGGGUUUUGAUUGAUAACACCGGUAAAAGUCAAAUCUCGACAGCCGGACCAUUACGCAAACUCCGAGGAAAUAAAGCAAAACAAUCCAAACACAAAGAGAGCACAGAACACAGCCCCGAACACGGAACCUUUGCCCUUAUCCCCUACACGAUCGAACAUCAAUAACGCCAGACGAUGACACACACACACACCAGCCAGCGUCAGCGUCCCCUCGCAAAGAAACAUCAAUGACGGUACAAAGUAAUCGAUAUAACGCGAGACAUGGCCAGGGUACAGCAGUCACGCGGUCCUUGCCUGUCUGACAUCCCCGCCGGAUGCCGAGGACAGAAGGACACGCCCCUAUAACACUUAAUUGUCAAGCUGCCUCAGUCCUCAGAAACACGCUGACAGCUGGAGCCUGAAAAAUGGCUCGAGGGGCUGUCCACUUUAUAUAGAAUUUUAUACUCCGUUUUUAAUGUUAUACGGUUGACGUUCAGGUAAUGUGUGAAGGAGUGUCUUGGCUACAUACUGUGAGAGAAUAAGUUGCCUAGAUGGGAAAAUGAGAGAGAAACGAGUGAAACAAAAAAGGCGUGUAAGCGAAGUGGUGAAAGUCGGCAAAAAUACGCUGAGAAAACAACAACUAUGAAUCGAAUGUUCAACUUGGUUCUUGACACUGGAAAGUCGACGUUGUGGUAACAUGUGAAGGAAUGCUGUGUCUGUGUACUGACUGGAAAAGUGAGGAAGAAAUCAGAAAAAGAGAAGAAUGCAUGAAAGCGAGGCAGUGUUGACAGGAAAAUGGCCCGAGAAAUCCGCUGCAAGUAGAUUUUUUUACUUAAUCAAUGAGUGCAAAGGAUUACAGACUGGACGGUUGGAACAGUAAUGCCAUGUGAAGGAACCUCCUGCCUAUGUACUGCAAGAAAAUGAUGUCUUAUAUGGGAAAGAAUGAGAAAGAGAAAUGAAAGAAAAGAGGGGCGUGUGAAGGAGUGAGGGGAACAGAUACGAACCUGUAAACGUCUUUGUGUGAACGUGUUGUACAUCUGGUGUGUACAUCUGUAGUACAUAAUUGUAGUUUGUUUGUCAUUUCAUAAAAGCAACGGGAAAUAUCAAAUGGUAGGGUGAUAAAUAUAGAGGAAAAUCUUAAUUCAUGUUUUUGGUGGAAUUCACAAAACAUAAUAGAUAUUGAAAUAGAAAUUGAAAUAGUGCUAAUUCAUCCCAACUAAAACACUCAACAAAUCAGUGCAAAAGUAAUGAGCCUUAAACUUAACUCUGUAACAAGACCAAUUUGGCUUUUAAUCUUUUUGAGUACAACAGUGGAAAUCAGACAAAUACCUUCAUGAAAACAAAAAUAAUCAACAAGUACAAAUACAACGGAACAAAGAAAACAAAACAACAGAACAACAGAAACACCAUCCAAAAACAAUAGAAAAGGAGUAAUGGUAGAGACUUAGUGAAAAAAAAAAAAAAAAAAAAAAAAACUGGAAUAGCAACCAACAGCAGAGAGGAUCAAAAUAAAAAGUAACACACAACACUCCACUUAUAACAUAUCACCCACUCAGUCUUUUUGGAGCACCAUAAUAUUUGCACCACAAGCCACAUCAAGAAUAGUAUUUAAUCUACCACAGCAAUGGUACAUUCUAAGUGUCUUAUAUCCUGUGUCUGAUUUCCAGCAAACAGCACUGCACUAACCAUGAACUGUGUCCUUAUAUGUGCAUCUGUAGUAUUUAGUCUUUUUAUAAUGACAACCAACACCUCCCAGGAACUCAACAUCUCACCAAGACUAUGAUACAAAAAUCUUUCAACCUCUCAGGAGUUCAAAACUAGAAAAAUCCAACCCACAAAACAAUCACACUUCUUCUACUGCCUUCCUAUAUUAUCACAAUGGAACCUUCUGCUAUCAAGCUCCUCAUCGACCUCCAACACGAGGCUUAUAGAAAAUCCCUGGAGACGUUUGUGAGCCAGGUGACAACUCGAGUCGACUCCCUGCAAGCUACAGUGGUGGAGCAAGCAAGAGCAAUUGACUUCACCCGGUCUGAGCUGGGGGAGAUUAAGUCUUUAUUCAAGGUGCUUCUGGCAGGAUGCUGUGGUGCUGAAGGAAGAGGGAAUAAUGUGCGGCAGAGACUUGGCGCUUGGGGUAAAAAAAACAGAGAUGAAGUGGAGGCAUGGGAUGGAGAUGGAAGAGGUUAUGCGAAUGGUUGGGAUGGUGGAGUUAGACGUGGAUUUGAAAGACGUGGUAAUCAUAAACAGAGGAGCAAUUUGGAUGUGAGCUAUGCCCCUGAACCAAGUCAGGAGGAAGCAACUCUGUGUGUGGAUGGCUUGGCAGAAGAAGAAAUGGAAACAGAUGACGAGCUAUCCAACCGGCUGUCUGGCAUGCUCCGCGAGAAACUGGGCCUAUCUGAAAUCCACCUUCGUUACUGUCGCCGCAUGGGACAGACAGACGAAAACCAUCCACGGACUAUUGUAGCAAGAUUCUGCCAACCAAAGGACAGAGAUGUAAUACUAGGACGUGCUGGUGACCUUGAAGGAUCUGGCCUGACCUUAUACAGAGCCUGGCACUCCACUCAGCCGGCACACCCACAGCAGAGAGAUGGAGGGCAAGUAGUGACUUCACACCGCAGGAAACGAGGGCCACGUACAAGACACAAGGGACAAUCAAGUGGCAAGUUUGCCACUCUGGAGAGUCACAUCACACCUCUAGAGUCCAUGCAUGACCUCAAUGGCUCUGCAGCAUCUUUAGCCACAUCAGACUCCACAGCAUCAUUUCUGGACCUGGAUGGCUACACUGAGGAGGAGGAUGAGGAGUUCUUAGCUGGUCCAGACACGGGUGUGGGGCGGCAGGUGGUGUCCCUACACAUUGGACAGGCUGGUGUGCAAGUUGGCAGGGCAUGCUGGGAACUCUACUGCCUUGAACAUGGAAUCUUCCCUGAUGGAGUUCCUUAUCCAACCAUCGAUGAAUCCUCUCUGGACCCAUUCUUCUCGGAGACAAGCAGUGGCAAGAUGGUUCCUCGCUCACUCUUUAUUGAUCUUGAGCCAUCGGUUGUGGAUGAGAUCCACCAUGGCACACACAGGGAACUCUUCCACUCGUCCAGCUUCAUCACUCACAUGGAGGACGCAGCCAACAACUUUGCUCGUGGCCGCUACACUGUGGGCAAGGCCAUGAUAAACAAAGUGUUAGAUGGUAUAAGGAAACAGGUAGAGGCCUGCUCUGGCCUACAGGGUUUCACCAUCACACACUCCUUGGGUGGUGGCACAGGCUCUGGCUUCAUGACUUUACUGCUGGAGAAGCUCACUCAGGAAUACUGCAGCACCGGGUUAUUACGUUUCUCCAUCUUUCCUUCACCUCGCAUGUCCACAGCUGUGGUGGAGCCUUAUAACACUGUCCUCCAUGCAGCCACCACCAUGGACUAUGAACACUGUGUCUUUGUCUCUGAUAACGAGGCAACAUAUAAGUUAUGUGUGGAGAACCUAGGGAUGACUCGUCCUAAUUACCGUAAUCUGAACCAACUAAUGGCACAGGUCAUUUCAUCAUCCACUGCCUCCCUGCGUUUUGAUGGUGCACUUAAUGUUGAUCUCAGGGACUUCAACACGAAUCUUGUUCCUCUGAGGCGCCUCCACUUCCCAGUCAUGGCAUUUGCACCAAUCAUCUCCCCUGAAGCAGCAACAUGUGAUCAGAGGACAGUGGCAGACAUGACAACAUCCUGCUUUGAGCCCAAGAUGCAGAUGGCCACAUGUGACCCAACAAAUGGCAAGUACAUGUCCUGCUGCCUCUUGUAUCGUGGUGACGUGACUCCGAAUGACGUCCAGCGUGCCAUAUCGGCCAUCAAGCUCAUGAAGACCGUCCAGUUUGUCGAGUGGUGCCCGACUGGCUUCAAACUCGGGAUAAACGGAGGACGCCCCACACUAUACCCCAGCAAGGGAGGCACUAAGUUAACGCGUGCUGUGUGUAUGCUUGCCAACACUACUGCUUUCAAGGAUACGUGGAGAGGACUGACCCACAAGUUUGAUCUCAUGUACAGCAAGAGAGCUUUUGUUCACUGGUAUGCUGGGGAGGGUCUGGAGGAGUGUGAGUUGGCAGAUGCACAGGAUACCAUAGCACAGAUGAUUAGGGAUUAUGAGGAAGUGGAGAGAGAUGGGAAGGAAGUAGAGGUGGAGGAGUUCUAAAAUAUAUACAUAUGUGUGUGUAGUAUGAGAGAGAGAGAGAGAGAGAGAGAGAGAGAGAGAGAGAGAGAGAGAGAGAGAGAGAGAGAGAGAGAGAGAGAGAGAGAGAGAGAGAGAGAGAGAGAGAUGUAUGAUGACUUUAAAAUAUAUGUAUAAGAAUGUGAAAUGAAGAACAAGAUAUUCAUAUGGACAUUAAAGUUAACAUUUGAUGUGUUAGAAGCUGUACAGUCGACUGUUAAAACACUAACAGUGAGUGUUUAAACAAUUAAAUGCCAUAUUCUCAAAUAUCUAGAAGCAAUAAAUAAUGAAUAUGUAAUUAUGCUUCCCAAGGUCCCACACUUCACCAUAAAUACACAGCAGUUUUUGGACAAGUUUUCAAAUUUAAUGUUCCUCUAAAUGAAAAAUCAACAGAAUGCAUAAGGAGGGUUUAUUCUGUGUAACUUUUUAAUAAAAAAAUCUAUUUUCUCUUUUGAAUUUAAAAGAUAAUAUAAAUGUUUGUAAGCCAAGCCUCUUUGUAUAUAUUUAUAAUUUAAUCUCUUGAAUCUCUGAAAUAAUUUUUGUAACAACUUCUGAUGCAAAAAAUAACAUGUUGAGGCAAAGAAGUCCACUAAAUCUGGACAACUGAUCUCUAAACAUUAUACAAAUUAUUGUCACUCUAUAUUUCUAAUUUUACAACACCAUAGUUAAAAACAAAGAAAAACUAACCGUGAUGUCACUAGUUUCUACCUGAUCUGCCAGCCAGUACACAAGAUGAAGGGGUUUAGGUGCAGAUAAUGAGGUGUAAAUGUUAUGUGUGUGUGUGGCCUUUUUCUUCUCUCUUCAUCUGACUCACACUCCAUGAAUAAACAUUUGCAGGCUCAACAGCAUAUCUAGCACUGGGCACUGAGCAAGACUGAGUGACAUGGAAGUAACAGCUGGUGGUCUGAGCCUUUGUCGAACUUUUAUAACUUAACACAAACCUUUUCAGCUUUUAUAACUGAACAUUGACUUAUGGAACAUGCUUGCAUACAUUUCCCUAUGACAAUCUCAAUGAAACAUCACAAAGAGUCAAGGUCUUGAAAUAAAUCUUUACUUGUCUUUAAGGUUUGAAAUAAGAGAGUAUGUAUUAAUAUUCCUGGUUGCUAAAUAUAUGUACGCUCCUUUAUAAAUCAUCUCUUCACCGUGUUGGAUAUGUAACUAGAUAUACUAUUCCAGUGUAUAACAUUAAGGUCUAAGUGUUGCUUGUUGAACACAUGCCUACAGCUUUGGUGCGGUGUACUGUACGCAUGAUAGUCAUGAUCAGUCAGAUAAUGUGCUGCUCUUUUUUUCAUAUGUAAAGCAUUUUCCCUCAAUCUGGAGUCCUCUGUUUAGCUGACAAUCACCAGCCAGAACCUAAUGACAGUACCUAAUGAUUGAAAGAUUUACCUUUCAAAUACAAGUCCUCUGAGCUGAAAUAUGACAAAAUUUCAUUAGAUAAGAGGACUUUAAGACUGACAGAAAACACUAUAUAGCUACAAUGGAAAUGUGUGUGGUAAUUUGGUCAGUUACUUACACUGCCUAUGUCCAUAUGAAUGUUGGCACAUAUGUAAUGGCAUGAGUUAAUUGCUUAAUUUUUUUGGGGGGUAUUGUUAUUGUCCUUCCGCUGUGAAGAGUGUGAAACUCAAGUGACUUCCAAUGAUCUCUCUCUCCUUGUGUUAUUCAGUAAUUUGUAUCUAACACUGCUUAGGGUGUUUUGCCAAUUCCAUAGUUGACACAGUUUACCAUCAAAGUUUUGUAUAAAUGAUGUGUAUUUUAGUAAUGACCUUCACAUGCACAGGACAAGAUUUGAUAACUUGUGGCUGCUGCUGAUGAUGAUGAUGCCUUUUUUUGCUAAAUACAAAUGUUAUGAAA